AUGGCCCCCUCCGUGAAAGCCUGCAAAGAGCAGGUUGUUGACGAGCUGCCAAAGCGCUUCAAGCGCUUCAAAUUUGGGAUCCAAUCAGGCCAAGACAUUGUCAACCAAAGCGUCCUUGAAAUAUCAGACUCUAUGCUGUACGAUGUCGAGAACAACCGAGCACCGUAUCCCCAUGGGCCUCUCGACUCUCGCUUGGACUGUGGGCGCGUCUUGCUGAUGGAGUCCGAUCGACGAACGUUUCUGAAGGAGCUCCGAAAACCGGGAAUCGACAAUCUUCGAAAAACACAGAUAUGCAAGAAGGUCAACGAGAUCUGCAAGAAGUGCAAGGAAUGUCCAUAUUGCCAAUCUCUGAACGGAUCAAUCAAGAAAAUUGGCCCUCUGAAGGUUGCCCACGACCGAUUUGCAGCGUUCAACAAAUCAACGGCAGCCAAGAAAAUACCCCCAGCAAGAAAGAGGGAAUUUGAACAUUCAUUUUCGGAAGCCAGGAAGAGAAUACCAGACUUGGAAAAGCAUCUGCACCGAGCUCUUGAGGACCUUGACCCUCUGCAUGUGCUGAACCUUUUCAAGAAGAUCAGUCCAAGUGACUGUGAACUUCUUGGUCUGGAUCCCCUGGACGGCCGACCGGAGAUGUUCAUUUGGCAGUAUCUACCAGCGCCACCCGUCUGCAUCCGCCCAUCGGUUCAACAACAAAGCUCCAGCACAGAAGACGACCUGACGACCAAGCUGGCCGAGAUUGUUCAGGUUUGCGGGUUGAUCCGCACUGCGCUGGUCAAAGGUGCCCCUAUCACUACUCUGAUGGAGCAGUGGGAGUUCUUGCAAUUUCAGCUGGCGAUGUACAUCAACAGCGAGCUUCCAGGGCUUACUGCAGCCCGUCAUGGCAAGCCCAUCCGAGGAUUCUCGCAGCGGCUCAAAGGAAAACAGGGUCGGUUUCGAGGAAACUUGUCCGGCAAACGAGUCGACUUUUCUGGGCGCACAGUCAUCUCGCCCGACCCCAAUCUGGCUAUCAACGAGGUUGCUGUUCCGGUGCUUGUUGCAAAGAAUCUGUCGUAUCCCGAAAGAGUCAACCACAUCAAUAUCCGAAAACUUCGGAAUUUGGUUCUUAAUGGUCCGACACAAUGGCCGGGAGCGAAGUCUAUCCUGAAAAAGGAUGAUGGAGGAUAUAAGCUGGAUCUGAACUUUGGAAACAAAGAACAAUUUGCAAAGGAUCUCCGGGUUGGGGACACGGUGGAGCGACAUCUCGAGGAUGGCGACAUUGUUCUCUUCAAUCGCCAGCCGUCUCUUCACAAGCUCAGUAUCAUGUCGCAUCUGGUCAAAGUCCGGCCUUGGAGGACAUUCCGGUUAAAUGAGUGCGUGUGCGGGCCAUACAAUGCAGAUUUCGAUGGUGAUGAGAUGAAUCUUCACGUCCCUCAAACUGAAGAGGCCAGAGCUGAAGCACUGACUCUGAUGGGAGUGAAGCACAAUCUGGCAACUCCAAAAAACGGAGAGCCCAUCAUUGCAGCCACGCAGGAUUUUAUCACGGCCGCCUAUCUUAUCAGCAGCAAGGAUCGGUUCUUCACCCGGCACACCUUUGCCUACAUGUGUGCGCACAUGACUGGCUCGUCGGAGCAGCUUGAUAUACCGCCUCCUGCAAUUCUAAAACCACAGGCACUCUGGACAGGGAAACAGGUCUUCAAUAUAAUGAUGCGUCCGAACAAAUCGUCCAAAGUGUUGGUCAACCUCGAUGCUAAAUGCAAGGCUUACAAGAGACGUCCUGGUGAAGCCCCUGACAUGGAUCCAGAGGACAACUUUCUGGUGGUCCGCAAUUCAGAGGUCAUGUGCGGGCGAAUGGACAAAUCAACUGUUGGCUCUGGAAAGAAGGAUUCGGUGUUUUACGUCAUCCUGCGUGACUACGGUCCAGAUGAGGCCGUCACGGCUAUGAAUCGACUCGCAAGGCUCUGUGCACGUUUCAUGGGCAAUUUCGGGUUAUCAAUCGGUGUUUUUGACGUGUUUCCGCUCACUACCCUUCGAGAAAAGAUCAAAAUUCUUGUUCGGGAAGCCAAUUUGAAAUGUGAUGAACUUAUCCACAAGUUCAACACUGGCAAGCUAGAAAAGUCUGCAGGCUGUAACCUGGACCAAACAUUGGAAAACUCGAUUUCUGGUGUUCUGAGCAAAGUUCGAUCUGCGGCCGGUGACCUCUGUCUGGAGACGCUCAGCAAACACAACGCACCGCUUACCAUGGCCACAUCCGGAUCCAAGGGUCUGGCCAUUAACGUUGCGCAAAUGGUGGCCGUCGUCGGACAGCAGAUCAUUGGUGGCCAGCGUGUGCCCAAUGGCUUCCAAGACCGGAGUCUCCCACAUUUUCCCAAAAAUGUGCGCAAUCCGGCCUCGAAGGGUUUCGUGCAGAACAGCUUCUACUCGGGUCUCCUGCCUACGGAGUUUCUGUUUCACGCAAUCUCGGGUCGAGAGGGCCUGGUCGAUACGGCCGUGAAGACGGCAGAGACGGGAUACAUGUCCAGAAGAUUGAUGAAAUCACUGGAGGACUUGUCUACGCAGUACGACAACACGGUCCGGACAUCUUCUGGCGAUGUUGUGCAGUUUCAGUUUGGCUCUGACGGACUGGACCCGGUGGACAUGGAAGGAUCUGCCGUGCCGGUCAAUUUCGAGCGGAGUUGGACGCAUGCAGAGAGCAUCACUUGGAGCAAUGCGGAGCCUUCGCUAGAUCCAGACACAAUCAUGGCCGUGUGCGACUCCCUACUGGCAGACGAGCGAGCCAAGUACAUUCGGCGGCAUCUGGUCACUGAUGCGUUGUUGGAUUACAACGACCAGUCGGAUGCCAGUCUCGAUCUGCAAGAGGGUGCUCGCAAGUUUCUCGACGAUGUACGCCAGUUUGUGCAAAAACGUGCAGACAGACUCACCAAUGCAAAAGAGCGUCUGGUCGAGACGUUCGAUGCCUCACUCGCAUCGCACCGCUCCUAUAUCGACAAAACAGCAAAAGUGUCAGAAAAGACGCUGAGGGCGUUUGUGGUCAUGUGCCUGGACAAAUUCCGCAAAGCCCACGUCGAGCCUGGCCAUGCAGUUGGUGCCGUUGGUGCGCAGUCUAUCGGCGAGCCCGGAACGCAGAUGACGCUGAAGACGUUCCAUUUCGCCGGUGUGGCUGGCAUGAGCAUUACUGAAGGUGUGCCACGUAUCAAAGAGAUCAUCAACGCAUCCAAGAAAAUCAACACGCCGAUCAUCACGUGUCCGCUCCAGAACCCUCGUCAGAUCGAAGCAGCGCACAUUGUCAAGGGGCGCAUCGAAAAGACUUACAUCUCGGACGUCCUGAGUUAUGUCGAAGAAGAAUGGGACGGCAACGAAGGCAGAAUCAUUAUGAAGGUGGACCAGCAGGCAUUGAAUGACCUGCAACUGGGAGUCGGUCUUCAUGAUAUUGCACUGUCUGUUUGCAAGCAGAAGAAGCUAAAGAUCGAUGAGAACCUCGUGUUUGCCGACACUUUCGCAAGCACGAUCACGAUCAUUGUUCGCAACGGCGGGGCAGAUUAUGGGUCAAGGCGUUCUGCUGCAACCAAGGCAAAGGCCAGUGCGGACAACCAAGACCUGCUGUUUCGCGUCAACUUCCUUCGCCGCCAGCUGCCUGCGAUAGGAAUUUCCGGCUACCCCGACGCUGCUCGCGCGGUGAUCCAAACGGAGAAAGACGAGCACACAGUGUACGUGGAAGGAUACGGACUGCGGGAAUGCAUCAACACAGAAGGCGUCAUUGGUACCGGUGUGGUGACUAACAGCAUUAUGGAAUGUCUGGAUAUUCUCGGCAUCGAAGCGGCCAGGAAGUCGAUCGCCGUGGAAAUCAAGAACGUGAUGCGCGACAUGAACAUUGAUCCGCGGCACAUGGAGCUUCUCGCUGACGUCAUGACGUACAAAGGCCAAGUGCUUGGCAUCACGCGCUUUGGUUUGGCCAAAAUGCGGGACAGUGUUCUGCAGCUCGCCUCAUUUGAGAAGACGCCUGACCAUCUGUUCGAUGCGGUUGCCGGACUGAAGGAGGAUCCCAUUCAAGGUGUCAGCGAGUCGGUCAUUAUGGGACAAUCGAUGAGCGUUGGUACUGGAGGAUUUGGUAUGAUCCGGCGUCUAGGAUUGCAGCCAGAUGAUUUUGCACCGCAGCAAACGGUUUUCGAGGAUGCAUGGAAUGCGACCAUGAAGAAGUAG